GCCCCGAAACGCAGCAGCAAUGACUAGCACGCCUCAAAUUCCACCAGAGGAUUUCCCUCAAAUGUGGCAGAAGCCUGCCUUUGAAGACAUACUCGAGUGUCUGUUGAGUUUGCGUGUGGAACCCCCGAUCUGGAAGUGGAACUCGAAGCCCGCAGCAGCUAGACUUCAGGACAAUCAAAAGCAAACCCAGGACUUGUCGGAAAGUACUCGGCAGGCCAUUGCUAGGUACUUGUCAAGUGUCAUCAGUAGCCCCCUAAGCUGGCUGGAGGAUGAUGAGCAGAGAGAUGCCUUGUGGACGGAAGCAGGCCGGCGGUUGUCAGAGCGUUGCGGAAGGGCAGCUAUGGGUGAGAUCAUCAGGAGUUGGCCUUUUGAUAGCGAAAAUGGAUACCCCCCCUUCGAGCUUGUCAUCAGGGAACCCCCCUUGACCGGCGAUUCUCUUGGGUUAAAAACUUGGGGUUCAUCCUACGCUCUAGCACGCAUGCUUGGUCAAUUUGCCGCUGGUCCCCUGCAACAUCUGGUUCGACCCCUAAAAUUGUCGUCGUCGUCACCACCACAACCGCCAACACAACCCCGCGUAUUGGAACUUGGCUCGGGCACUGGGCUGCUCGGCCUAGCGGCUGCUGCUAUCUGGGCCUGUCAAGUUACAUUGAGCGAUCUCCCAGAUAUCAUGUCCAAUCUCCGUCACAAUGUAGAACGCAACCAAUCGAUUGUCAAGGCAAUGGGUGGGGACUUGGAAGCCGGUGCCCUUACAUGGGGUGGUAACGGGGACGAUGAGGUCGAUCCGGAUCUGUUUGGAGACAAGAAUCAGUUCGAGAUGAUCAUUGUUGCCGAUCCCAUGUACGACGACGACCACCCGAGUUUGCUGGCCGGUGCAAUCAAUGAACAGCUAGCCAUCUCGGCUAACGCUAGGGCUCUUGUCAUGGUGCCACGGAGGGACACCACCACUAUUGGACUUCUCUCAUCUUUUAGGCAGUUGAUAGAAGAGCGCCCGGAUGCUUCAUUUGUUUGUAAAGAGGAGGGCAUGGUUGCCAGUCAAGAUGACUGGGGUGGUGAUGAGGAGGACGAAGCGCAGAAAAACGUCGACUGUUGGUGGGGAAUCUUUCAAAGGAGGUAGCAUGUAUGUUCUCAAUCGUUCAUUAGCCUCCACGUCCAUGUUUGGAUAGACACUGUGUGAUUUUCUUUAGACACCAGAUAAACACAUACAUACGAUAGAUGGACUCUCUCCUAUUAGGAAAAUAUACAUGCUGGUGGUUCUG